ACACCCAAACUCCUUUGGCCCUCUUCCUGGGCUGGUUGGGUUUAUAAGCAGAGCCAGAAACUCCUGGAUGGAGCAGCAGCACUGGAUCAACUCCACCAACCAGCAGCUUCUCUCUAAAACUCCAACCGAGGUGCGAUCUCAAAGCAGAUCUCCAUCUUAGCCUCUAAAACCUGACUGUCUUACAGUGUUUCAACCUAUCAUCAAAAUGUCUGACCAAGGAGCUUCCCCAACCCCUUCUGCUCCUCCACCUCCUCCUACUGGACGUCCUCCUAAGGUUGGCAUCCGUGGCCGAGCCUCGGCUCCCUUCGAUAGCUCAAACCUUGAUGCAACAGACAUGCCGGAGUUAGAGUACUUUGUGGCAGCAGGGCCAAGAGGAUACCCUCCUCUGACAGAAUACCUGGACAUCUGGGAUGUGGACAUGAUGAGGGGGCGUGAUCAGAGCAAUAAGAUUGAACACCACACCAACCUUUACCAGUCUGACAAUCUCAUUGUCCGCCGAGGUCAAGAGUUCACGGUCAAGAUCACCUUCAACCGUCCAUACAAACCUAACCAGGACAAGUUUGCUGUCGAAUUUGUCAUUGGCUCCAGCCCUCAGUACAGCAAGGGCACCUACAUUCCUGUGUUUCCCACCAGAGAACGUCAGAGCACCUGGGAAGGCCGCAUCACACAUACCAAUGACAAUGUGGUCACCAUGGCCAUCACUCCUCUGGCCAACAGCAUUGUGGGCAAAUAUCACAUGUAUAUUGCAGUGCAGACUCCUUUUGGCAUUCGUAGGACAAAGCGGGACAACAGCAGAGAUUUAUACAUCCUUUUCAACCCUUGGGUAGCAGAGGAUGCCGUGUUUCUGGAUGAUGAGGCGGAGAGACAAGAGUGUGUGAUGAAUGAGAUGGGGAUCAUCUAUCAUGGCUCCUACGACGAUGUUUCUGAGAGAAACUGGAACUAUGGACAAUUCAACUAUGGAGUUCUGGAGGCCUGUCUGUACAUCAUGGAUAGGUCUGAGAUGCCACUCACCAACAGAGGAGACCCCAUAAAGGUGACCAGAAAGGCCUCCGCCAUGCUGAACGCACGCGACGAUGAUGGUGUGCUGGUGGGGAACUGGACCGGUGACUACACCUACGGAGUAGCACCCACUUCCUGGACUGGCAGCACCGACAUCCUGCUUGGCUACGCUAGCAGCAAGAUGCCAGUAUGCUACGCUCAGUGCUGGGUCUUUGCUGCCGUCUUUAAUUCCUUCCUGCGCUGUCUGGGUAUCCCAUCCAGGGUUGUCACCAACUAUUACUCUGCUCAUGACAACGAUGGAAACCUGAAGAUGGAUAUUAUUUUGAACGAUAACGGCAGCAUUGAUCGAAAACGCACCAAGGAUUCAAUCUGGAACUAUCACUGCUGGAAUGAAUGCUACAUGUCCAGACCAGACCUCCUGCCAGGUUUUGGAGGCUGGCAGGUUGUGGAUGCAACACCACAGGAAACCAGUGAUGGGAUGUACCGAUGUGGACCUGCAUCAGUCCUGGCCAUCAAACAUGGACAAAUUUGCUUUCCAUUUGAUGCACCCUUUGUGUUCGCUGAGGUCAACAGCGACGUUGUGUUUUAUGCACGGAAGAAUGACGGCACCAUGGAGCCAGUUAAACUGAACCAAACUCACGUGGGUCGCAUGAUUUUAACCAAAGCUGCGGGAAGCGAGGGUUGCAGAGACCUCAUUGAUCAAUACAAGUUUCCUGAAGGGAGCCCAGAGGAGCGGACUGUCCUGGCAAAAGCAGAGGAGUUUGGCUGUAGGCGGGAGAAAUCCAGCCCCCCAGAGGCUGAUGUGGAAGUGGUCCUGCCUAACCUGGAGAUCAGUGUUGGGGAUGAUCUGGAGCUUAGUGUGGAGUUUUCAAACUGCAGUGACCAGAAGCGCACGGUGGAAGCCUACGUCAGUGGGAAUGUGGUUUAUUACACCGGAGUCUCCAGCAACGAGUUCUUGUUCAAGACCCCCACUGUGACCAUUCAGGCCAAAAAGAGUGUGAGGGAGCUAAUUACGGUUCAGUCGAAGGACUACAUGGAUCAUUUGGUGGAACAAGCCAACCUCCACUUCAUUGUCACUGGGAAAAUCAAAGAAACUGGCCGUAUCGUGACUGCCAUGAAAAUCAUCGCUCUGCACAACCCCAAACUCACUGUCGAGCUGACCGGCAGUGCCAAAGUGAAUGAAGAGAUGAUGGCUACUGUGCAGUUUACCAACCCCUUCUCAUUCAACCUGGAGGAAGUGUACCUGCGCAUGGAAGGAGCUGGGGUCAUGGAGCCCAAAUCCAGAUAUUACAGUCUGAUCCCCGGAGGCUCCUCUCUGACUUGGACUGAGAUGUUUUCUCCACAGAGGACUGGGAAAACUAGAGUGAUUGCUACUCUGGACUGUUCUGCUCUCAGACAGGUGUCUGGUCAGGCGUCCAUCACCAUCAAUCCAUGAAGAUAACCAAGCCAUUACUACUCUGUUAAAGCAUACAGUGCUGUGCAGAAGCUUUAAAGAUACCUUUAUUUCCUUUAUUCUCAGCUACG